AUGUCUGUGCUCCGCAACGCCCUCCGGCCCCUCUCGCGUGGCUUUGCGACCGAGGCGCGCUCGCGCGUCGUCGACGGCUUUGUCGGUGCAGUUGGCAACACGCCGCUCAUCCGCCUCAAGCACGUCUCGGACGAGGUGGGCGCCAACAUCCUCGCCAAGGCAGAGUUCAUGUCGCCCGGCGGAUCGAUCAAGGACCGUGCGGCGCUCUACCUCGUCAAGGAUGCGGAGGAGAAGGGCCAGCUCGGUCCCGGAGGCACGGUGGUUGAGGGAACGGCAGGCAACACUGGUAUUGGACUGGCUCACGUUUGCCGUGCGCGCGGAUACCGCUGUGUCAUCUACAUGCCGGACACGCAGAGCCAGGAGAAGAUUGAUCUCCUCCGCAUGCUUGGUGCGGAUGUGCGUCCCGUCCCGGCCGUCGCGUUCGACAACGACAUGAACUAUAACCACCAGGCGCGGCGGUAUGCCGAGUCGCUCGACAAUGCCGUCUGGACAAACCAGUUCGACAACAUUGCCAACCGGAAUGCGCAUAUUGUCACGACGGGUCCUGAGAUCUGGGAACAGACGGGCGGUAAGCUCGACGCAUUCACCUGCUCGACUGGUACGGGAGGUACGCUUGCCGGCGUGACUCGCUACCUUGUUGAGAAGAGCGAGGGGCGGGUCGAGAGUUAUCUCGCCGACCCGCCCGGAUCAGUGCUGUACAACCUCGUCGAAAACGGCAAGCUUGCGCGCGAGGGCACGGGUUCCAUCACGGAGGGUAUUGGACAGGGCCGCGUCACCGAGAACCUCAAGCCCGACCUCGAACUCCUCUCUGGUGCCGUUUACGUGCCCGACGCCGAGAGUAUCCGCAUGAUCUAUCGUCUUCUCGACGAGGAGGGGCUAUACGUCGGCGCGUCCAGUGCUCUGAACGUUUGGGCUGCCCAGCAGAUUGCCAAGAAGAAGGGCAAGGGAUCAACCGUGGUCACCGUUAUUGCUGACGGGGCUUAUCGUUAUCAGGCGCGUCUGUUCAGCCGCGUCUGGCUCCAGUCCAAGGGUCUGCUCGAGGCCAUCCCAGAGAACCUCCGGUCGUACAUUGUCCUCCCCUAA